GAGCUGUACUUGUGCUGUUGAGUAGGAUUUGCUGGGAGAAGAGGAGAGGCGUUCCUGACAAGGGACUGGCUGAGCAAAGGCCCAGAGAUGUCCUGGCGUCCGCAAUACCGCAGCUCCAAGUUCCGGAACGUCUAUGGGAAAGUGGCCAACCGGGAGCACUGCUUCGACGGGAUCCCCAUCACCAAGAAUGUGCAUGAUAACCACUUCUGUGCUGUCAACGCCCGCUUCCUGGCCAUCGUCACGGAGAGCGCGGGAGGAGGCUCCUUUCUCGUCAUCCCCCUGGAGCAGACAGGCAGGAUUGAACCCAACUACCCCAAGGUCUGUGGUCACCAGGGUAACGUGCUGGACAUCAAGUGGAACCCCUUCAUCGACAACAUCAUCGCCUCAUGCUCGGAGGACACGUCGGUGCGGAUCUGGGAGAUCCCCGAGGGCGGGCUGAAGCGGAACAUGACAGAGGCUCUCCUGGAGCUGCACGGGCACAGCCGGCGCGUGGGGCUGGUCGAGUGGCACCCCACCACCAACAACAUCUUGUUCAGUGCUGGCUACGACUACAAGGUCCUCAUCUGGAACCUGGACGUGGGUGAGCCAGUCAAGAUGAUCGACUGCCACUCGGACGUGAUCCUCUGCAUGUCCUUCAACACCGACGGGAGCCUGCUCACCACCACAUGCAAGGACAAGAAACUGCGUGUGAUCGAGCCCCGCUCCGGCCGCGUUCUGCAGGAGGCGAACUGCAAAAACCACAGAGUGAACCGGGUGGUGUUCCUGGGAAACAUGAAGCGGCUGCUCACCACGGGGGUCUCCAGGUGGAACACAAGACAGAUCGCCCUCUGGGACCAGGAGGACCUGUCCAUGCCCCUGAUAGAGGAGGAAAUUGAUGGGCUCUCCGGCCUCCUGUUCCCCUUCUAUGACGCUGACACCCACAUGCUCUACCUGGCUGGAAAGGGAGAUGGAAACAUCCGGUACUACGAGAUCAGCACUGAGAAGCCCUACCUGAGUUACCUCAUGGAGUUCCGCUCCCCAGCCCCGCAGAAAGGCCUCGGGGUCAUGCCCAAGCACGGGCUGGAUGUGUCGGCCUGCGAGGUGUUCCGCUUCUACAAGCUGGUGACUCUCAAGGGCCUGAUCGAGCCCAUCUCCAUGAUCGUGCCCCGGAGGUCGGAUUCCUACCAGGAAGACAUUUACCCCAUGACGCCAGGCACGGAGCCAGCUCUGACCCCCGAUGAAUGGCUGGGAGGCAUCGACCGAGAUCCUGUGUUGAUGUCACUGAAAGAAGGCUAUAAGAAGUCCUCAAAAAUGGUAUUUAAGGCUCCCAUCAAAGAAAAGAAGAGUGUUGUGGUCAAUGGAAUAGAUUUAUUAGAAAAUGUCCCACCUCGGACAGAGAACGAGCUUCUCCGAAUGUUCUUCCGGCAGCAGGAUGAGAUUCGGCGGUUGAAAGAGGAGCUGGCGCAGAAGGACAUCCGCAUUCGGCAGCUACAGCUGGAACUGAAAAACUUGCGCAACAGCCCCAAGAACUGUUAGCUCCCCGGCUGGGCUGCUUUCUAAGCCGAUCUCUCCGUUGUUUCUACUCAUCCCUUAACUUUCCCUUAUCUGGUGAUCCCAGAGACAGAGCCAGGACUGGAGCUGGGGGAGAGCCUGAGGACCUCACCUGCCACCUCAAGAACUGGAAGCUGACCUUUGACCUCUUGAACUCAUGCUAAUACAAGUCCCCAGCCUCCCCUGGAGACCCACCGCUACCAGCCCCUUUACCUGCCACCCCAGCAGGAGUCUCGGCUUCUCCUUGGCCAGGCAAAGACCACGGACUCCCUGAGGGGUGCUGUCAAUGGACCAGGGAGCAGAGGGGGAAGCCAGGAUCCCAGUAGACUUAGAACUUGACCUUUUCCCCUGCAAAGGGGGCUGGCAGGACAUCUCAGCAUUCCCUGCUGCAGCUCGCAACGUCCCUGAUGGACCACACCGUAAGGGCCGGAUUGCAGGUGUCAGCCAUUCCCCCUUGCCUCCUCCCACCUCCCUCUAUUCCCCUGAAGCCCUGCAAGCCUGAUUCUCCUGACAAGGGUUGCAAGCAGCCCAGCUCCUUUCUGUCUCUUGCCCUCUCUUUCUUGUCUUCAGGGAAUUAAGAGGAUUGCUCGCCAAGGCCAUAAUGACCCCUUGCCUUCCCAUGAUUCUCUUCGAAGCUCUUGCAACACCCUUUUCCCAUUUAAUUCGUGAGGCAGGGAGGGUAGGGAAAAGUGUCCCCAUUUUACAAAUGACAGAACCGAGGGUUGCAAUGGGGAAGUGACUUACAAAGUCACCCAGCGGGUCAACAGUGGACACAGGACCAAGACCUACGGUAUCCAGACCCCGAGGCCAGGGCCCUUCCCACUGCAUCAAGAUGCCAAUUCCAUGGGGGCUUCGCCAGUGCCCAAGUCUCUGUGGAGAUUGAGAACUGGAAGCUACUUCUACCGUCUGCCCCACACCAGUAGUGCCAAUGUGUCACACUGCCCAGUUGAGGCCCCUCACACUCAGUGCCCCUACAUUCCCCUGGCCCCCGCCCUUGGCUCUCACCCCUCCGGGGACUCCCUCUGAGAUGAGGCCUCUUCCUCCUGGAAGAUGAGGCUGAGGAGGGUGGAGCUCGGCCCUGGGGAAGGCAGAGCAGGGUCUGAUUGCUUCAAGAGAGGCUCUGCAUGUCUCUCGCCACUGCGAUCUCAGCCACUCUCAGCCUUACACUAGCAGGAUUACCACAGCCCCUCACGUCAGUAUGCACUUUAAAGUUUACGCAGUUCUUUGACACGUAAGAUAUCACGGAGCCUCACAUCCACUCCGGGAGGUAGGGCUCAUUCUCUCCGUUUUACAGAUGAAGAAACCAAGAAGUGGCCCGAGGUCACGGGACUCUCAACCGCCACAUUUCAUUCGGUCUUCUACACAUUUUCUUUUUCUCCUCCUUUUCUCCCUUCAUUUCCCACCACCCAUAGAGUCCAUAAACACUGUUCUUGUCAGAAAAGUCACGGUUUGGAGGUGAGAUCUGGCCUGGGGAUCAAGAAAUGGGUGUCCACUCUUCUCUCUCAUUAGCUAGGAUCAACUAGAUGCAUUAUACUCCUCACCUGCUCGUCCCAUGGCCACCCUGCAGGACAUCCAUCGAGAGGCCAGAGCUCCCUCGGCCCCUCCAGGUGACCUGGGCAGGGAAAGCCCCCCACUCCUUGGGCUUUCCCUCCAAUAACCUUCCCCCCCGCCCCCGGCCUGCUAAAGCAGGGUCUCCUCACCGCCCACUCCCUGCAGCUAGACAGUGUCCGCUCUCAUCUGUUCUUCCGCACACUUCUCAAGCUUUUCUUUCUUCCCCAUUGACCUUUGCGGUCUUCUGUGAUUAUUUAUGCUGCCUCCCAAGGAUAGAACUGAAAUAAAAU